UUGAUACACUGCUAGACAUCAAUCAUCGAUCCAGUGAAAAUCAUUUGUUCAGCUAGAUGCAUUUAUUGGGUGAAUCAUCGAUAUUUUAUGGUAAAUAAACGGACAAUAUAAAUAUAUUGAUUAGCCGUUCAGACUGAUAUUUCAGCCAUCAACGCCAGGUGGCACUAUAGUUUCCCCUCACUCACUGUUGCAAUGCAUUGUCAAUGUCCUUUGCUUUGUCGAAGCUAAUACCGUGCAUUUUUGCUCUCUAAUGACCAUGGCUGCUGAUGCAGCUAGACAUAGCAAAUAAUCUGCAUUAAUUUAAAUUAGCAUAGUAUCGCCUGACGACACACGUCUUUUGUCAAACGGACUACCUUGGUUAUGGAUGAGCCGGAGCUUCUGCUGGACUCCAAUAUCAGACUUUGGGUGGUCUUGCCCAUCGUCUUUAUCACAUUCCUUGUUGGGGUGAUUCGACAUUAUGUCUCCAUUCUGCUUCAGAGUGACAAGAAGCUGACAUUAGAGCAGGUGUCAGACAGCCAGGUUCUUAUCAGGAGCAGAAUCCUCAGAGAGAAUGGGAAGUACAUUCCGAAACAGUUGCGCUCAGAUUUUGAGAGACCUCGUUUUCUUCAGUCUUUCUUGAUGAGGAAGUUUUACUUCAAUAAUCAAGAAGAUGGCUUCUUAAAAAAUACCAAAAGAAAGGUUGUUCCUCCCUCCCCAAUGACAGACCCCAGCAUGCUGACAGACAUGAUGAAAGGCAAUGUGACCAAUGUACUUCCCAUGAUCCUCAUCGGAGGCUGGAUCAACUGGACCUUCUCAGGGUUUGUCACAACCAAGGUUCCUUUUCCUCUCACCCUGCGCUUCAAACCCAUGUUGCAACAAGGAAUCGAGCUACUCUCACUUGAUGCUUCCUGGGUGAGCUCAGCGUCGUGGUAUUUCCUGAAUGUGUUUGGGCUGCGAAGCAUGUACUCCUUAAUUCUAGGACAAGAUAAUGGUGCAGAUCAGUCCAGGAUCAUGCAGGAGCAGAUGAGUGGUGCUGCCAUGGCCAUGCCUGCAGACACAAACAAAGCCUUCAAGGCAGAAUGGGAGGCUCUUGAGCUAACUGACCACCAGUGGGCACUGGAGGGUGUUGAGGAGGAGCUAAUGUGCAGGGAACUGGAUCUAGAUGGAAUGUUCAGUAAGGAGUUACCAACGGGUAUCUUCUGAGUGCUAAUUCAUCAAUGCAGGGAACCUGCCACUUGGCAAAAUGGUAGUCUUACUUAAAGAGGCAGACUUGGAGUUUCUAUAGGAAAUGACAGAGUGGAACAAAGUCCCUGGGCUUUGAUGACAAAUGGAGAUAUGAUGUCUAAAUUAAUUUCACUUACGUCAUUGUCCAUUUCAAGUUUAAUUGGAGAUAGUACCAAGUUCAAUUUAUAAUUGUAACUAUUUGAAAGAUUCACCCUCAGCUACUCAUGACAAAAAAAGGAUAGCAUACAUAAUGGAAAAACUGACAUGUUGUAUACUGUCAAAAACAAAACAUACAAAAGGUCAAUGAGCAUGUUGUUUUAAUCAUGUUUACCUUCUCAGAUUCCACCUACAAUGCUUUCAGAAAGUAUUCAUACCCCUUAUUCCACAUUUUGUUGUGUUACAGCCUCAAUUAAAAAUGUCCCCCCUACCCAUCUUUACACAAUAGCCCGUAAUGACAGUGAAAGCAUGCUUUAAGAAAUGUUUUCAAAUUUAUUGAAAAUGAAAUGUAUAAAUAUUCACACCCCAGAGUCAAUACCUGUUAGAAUCAC